ACCUCAGUUAAUCCGGACAGUAAAUGAUUAUGAGUGGUAAUAAAUUGUGCUCGAAACGUCAUCAGUAAACAUUACAGUAUAACACUGUGAGACUUUAUCAAAACAAAAUUUACCCAUAAUGGAAGACUGUAGCACGUCUAAUGCCAUAUAAAUUCGAUAACUUACAGGAGGAAACCAACAAGUUAUCAGAAGAGGCUAUCCGUAAAGACAAGACUUCAGGUGAACAUAGGGAAGAUGGAGGUGAUGAAGACAGUCACGCAUCAUCAUCAUCAACAACAACAACAGGCGGCAAUGGCUACAAACGGAUGAAAUUUGAAAGAAGUCACUACAUUCGCUUAUCUAGGAAGAAUCGUUUCAAGUACAGGCAGUUGAAAUGGAUGAAGAUGUCAAAGGCAAUCAGCAUCGGAAAGGCAAGACAGACCUUCUUCAUCCCUACCUGAAAUCAGUUUUCAAAUCGUCUGCACUCAGCCAGCCAGCAUUAGCAACAAGAUUCGGAUUGUCAACACAGAUGUGGAGUCAGUCAGUCAGUGCUUCCAUACGGGUCAGAGACUUGCACUGCAUGUCACGUAAAGCAUUUCCAACAAGCCACCUUCACUGUCUGGC